UAAUUUAAAUUGUAUUCCUCAUUCAAACAUUACGCACACUAUCAUCGUCGAUACUAUUUUAUUUCAAGAAGAUCGUUCACGUCAAGUUGAAAAGUGGGCUAAUUUUAAAAAUGUAUCGUUCAUCGCAUAUAACGAGAAAUACUUUUAAAUAUUUUAAAGCAACAAAUAUUAAUUCAUGUCGCUUUUACGCAAAAGAAGUAAGGUUUGGGCCGGACGUUCGGUCUCUCAUGUUACAGGGAGUUGAUAUCUUAGCGGAUGCCGUCGCUGUCACUAUGGGCCCAAAAGGACGUAAUGUAAUUUUGGAACAAAAUUUAGGAGCUCCUAAAAUAACAAAAGAUGGUGUGACUGUAGCCAAAGGAAUUGAAUUAAAAGAUAAAUUCCAGAAUAUUGGUGCUAAGCUGGUCCAGAAUGUAGCAAACAAAACCAACGAAGAGGCUGGAGAUGGAACGACCACAGCUACAGUAUUAGCACGCGCUAUUGCGAAAGAAGGAUUUGAAAAUAUAUCCAGGGGUGCUAAUCCUAUUGAAAUAAGAAAGGGAGUUAUGUUAGCGGUUGAAACCGUUAAACAAAAAUUAAAGGAAAUGUCUAAAGCAGUAAACACUUCGGAGGAAAUAGAACAAGUAGCUACAAUAUCCGCAAACGGUGAUAAAUCCAUAGGUAAAUUAAUUGCGGCCGCUAUGAACAGAGUAGGCAAAAAUGGUGUCAUUACUGUUAAAGAUGGUAAAACAUUAGAAGAUGAACUAGAAGUCAUAGAAGGCAUGAAGUUUGACCGUGGUUACGUUUCACCAUAUUUCAUAAAUUCAACUAAAGGUCCAAAAGUCGAAUACAAUGACGCCUUAAUUCUGUACUCUGAAAAGAAAAUAUACAAUGCGUCACAGGUGGUUCCAGCAUUAGAGUUAGCAAAUGCACAUAAGAAACCGCUAGUCAUAAUUGCGGAAGAUUAUGACGGUGAACCAUUGUCCGUAUUAGUAGUGAAUAAAUUGAAAAUUGGUUUACCGGUAGUAGCAGUCAAAGCUCCUGGUUUUGGCGAACAUAGAACAAAUUCUUUGCUUGACAUGGCUGCCGCAACUGGUGGUGUGCUUUUCGAAGAUGAUGCAAACUUAAUAAGGCUAGAGGAUUGCCAGGCUGAGAGUUUUGGUCAAGUUGGUGAAGUAAUCAUUACAAAGGAUUCAACCCUUUUACUAAAAGGGAGGGGUGAUCAAAAUGAAAUAAAACAACGCAUCGAUCAAAUAAAAGAAGAAUUAGAAACAGCUACAAAUAGUUAUGACCGCGAAAGGCUUAUUGAGCGUUUGGGCAGACUACAGGCUGGCGUAGCUGUACUAUUAAUAGGAGGCUGUAGCGAGGUCGAAGUGAACGAGAAAAAGGAUCGUGUCAAUGACGCAUUAAAUGCUACUAGAGCAGCAGUUGAAGAAGGCAUUGUACCUGGAGGUGGAACAGCACUUCUGCGAUGUAUACCUGCUCUGGACAAGCUAAAGCCUUCAAAUAAAGAUCAAGAAAUUGGUGUCUCCAUUGUUAAGAAAGCUUUGCGUACGCCUUGCAUAACUAUUGCUUCUAACGCUGGUUUCGAUGGGGCAGUGGUUGUAUCGAAAGUAGAAGACAUGGGCCCCGAAUAUGGUUAUGACGCGUUAAAUAAUUCAUAUGUGAAUAUGCUUGAGAAAGGUAUAAUAGAUCCUACUAAAGUUGUAAGAAGAGCUUUAACUGAUGCUAGUGGCGUAGCGUCAUUACUAACUACCGCCGAAGCAGUUAUUUGUGACAUGCCAAAACAAAAGGAACCACCAUCACCAGACUAUUCUGCUCUUGGAGGUGGUGACUAUUAGUAUGGUUUAAUAAUAAUAUAUUUAAUGUCUACAACAUUUGUUUUAAAUUUAAUAAAAUUUACUUUAGUUUUUA